UGUGUGAAUUAAAAAAUGACAACUAGAAGUGUUAACUCAAACUGUGAAAAUCAAUCAUGCAGUUUUCCUUUGUCAUCGCAUGGUGAUUCUUUGAACAAUGAUAAUCCAAUGAAUUUAAGUAAUGUAAUUUAUUGGAUUAACUCUUUUGAAUUUACUCGUCCGAAAAAAACCAUUGUCAGAGAUUUUUCUGAUGCAACUAUGGUUGCUGAAAUAAUAAAAUUUUACUGGCCAAAAUUAAUAGACCUUCACAAUUAUGUACCAGCUAGCUCAUUGACAAAUAAGAUUGCAAAUUGGGAUACUUUAAAUAGAAAAGUAUUAAAGAAAGUAAAGUUACCAAUUUCUAAAGAAACUAUUGAAAAGUUAUCAACAGCCGAUCCAAAUACUAUUUUUCAGUUUUUGAAAUCUUUAAAACUAGUAGUUGAUGAACUCGAACAUGAAAAACAAUUAAGAUUAGAAAAAAAUCAAAAUUGUCCACUUUAUAUCAUAGUUAACGAUGAAAUGAUUCAAGUUACAGAAACUGAUUGUUGCACUAAAGAAUAUCUCAGCAAAGAAGUUGUAGGAUUAAUAAAUAAACUAAAGCAUAAAAUCAAUGAAAUGGAACACAAGAUUGACCACAUGAGUUCAUUGAUAUGUGUGAAAGAUAGGCGGAUAAAAGAUUUACAAUCACAAUUAAAUCAGCUGAAAAAAGAUAACACUUCCUGAACAUGUUUCAAAUGAAUUAUAAUGCUGAUAGUUAUCAAAAACCGUGGUAGCUUAUUUAAAUCAUUUUCUGCAACCAUAAUUAUAAUUAAUGAAUACUUUACUUGAAAGUUGAAGUAUGUAAUAAAAUUUAAUACAUGACUAGUAAGUAAUAAUCUAACAUGUUUUUGCAAUAAAAUAAAUUUUAACUGUGACAAGUGAACUUGAUGGGCACAUGUCAAUAAAUACAAAUUAUCUUGUCAUGGAUAUAAUAAUAUUACCAUAGGUAUUUUAUAGUUUGUUUUAAGAAUGUAACUGGCAAAAGCCAUAUUAAGAGGGCGCCACACCCGCGUGUGUUGUCUCUGUCUUACAAACGCGUAACCUAACCUAACCAAAUUUACGCUCAGAAAUUCAAGUUUUAUGCAGUUUGCUUAAAAAUUAGAGUGAAUUGACCUAUUAUGAAACUUAAUAGUAAGAAUAUCAUCUGUGUUUUGUAGGAAGUUUUUUUUAUGAUAAUUCAGUUUAUUAGUAAGUUAUAGCGUGUAUAAUAAAUGUAAAUUAAAAAUGCUCAUAACUCACUUAAAAAUUGAAUUAUCAUAAAAAAAAACUUACAACAAAAAACAGAUAAUGUACUUACCAUCAAGUUUCAUAAUAGGUCGAUUCACUCUAAUGUUUAAGCUAACGGCAUAAAACUUAAAUUUGGUAUGUUUCGCGUUUGUAAGAUGGAGACAACACAUGCAGGUAUGACAUCCUCUUAAAGGAAAUUCUUUUUGAUGACAUACUUUCAAUACAUAAAACUAAUGUGGUCUUAUCCCAAUAGUAAUAUAAGCUGUUAAUUAUAUUAGUAUACAUCAUCAUAAUGGUUAGGUUUACAUAACCUAACAAGCACUCUUAGUAACAGGUUUGCUAUUAAGGAUUAAAAUAAAAAACUAUUAAUAAUAAAUUAUUAGUAUUAUUUAAUACAAUAUAUAAAAGUAGAUCACGUGUAUUGGUGUAUUUAAUCUAUAGUACAACAGUCUAAAAUCUAAUGACUAAAAUAAAGAAUGAAUGGAAUUGAAAAUGGAACACAAAUACCGUUUAUAUUAUACAAAAAAAAAUAUUUCAAUACACGAAAACACGAGU